ACGCUCCCCCCAAAGAAACGGCUGCUCACAUCCGAACCACAUUCUUCUCCCUUUGUGUUGUGGUUUGUUUGGGUUCUGUUGAACAGACCAAGUACUUAAUUGCAAAGUGUGAAUGUCGUAAGCUUUCGCGUGAAAAGGUCUGCAGUGCGAACACGCGAGGGAUUUCUGGCUUUUGUUUCACGCUGCACGUGGCCAAAUAUAGGUGGUGUUCGCAGGUUACCAUCAUGACGGACGAAAAGAAAAUACCAGAGGAAAAUGCCUGUCCAAGCUGCCAGCCAGUUUCCUGCAAGAACAAACUUCCUUCUGGAGCAUCUUUCAUCUUUCACUCUGAGAACACCUCAAGAGACUCAAGUCCCCGCUCAGGAAAGACUAAGGCAAACUAAGGAAUUGUUAGCCAAGGGUAAUCAAUGGACGAAAGAAAUGGAGAUGAGAUUGACAGAUAAUGAUGUGGUGCUUUUAGACGGGGAGACACAGGACGUUGUUGAAGUGUAUUCAUUGAACACAAUCGGCCAUGUACACCACUUCAGUGAUGAUCCCGACUUGAACAGUGUGUUGGUAUUUAACACAAUACAGACAAAAGAAAAAUUUGCCGCCAUGCAUCUGUUCCAGUCAGACAGGGUCCCGGCAGCAGUUGUGGCCACAGAAAUUAUGAAAGCUUCCAGCAGCAAAUCAGCAAUGCCCAACAGAUUUGCAGCGAGAGGUGGUGCUAUACUUCCCCCACCCCCUACCCAUCCAGCACCCUCUCCUCCCACGGAAGUUGAUCAAGAAAGGUUAGACCUCUAUGAGAAAUCUUUGGUGGCUCAGACCAUUGCAGCAUUUUCUGCAGUGACUGAUGACACAAAGAAAACAGCAAAGCCACAAGUGUUGUCUAAAUACCAGGCGUCAGAAUCAUCCUCUGAUAUCCCUGAUGAAACACUGUCUGCGGAACUGUUGGAGGCACGAACAAACAGAGAUGUGCAAAUUUUGAACCACUGUAUUGAUGAUAUUGAGAGUUUGGUCCUGAGAACAAAGAAGUCGGCUGAAGCGUGGAAAAAAUUGCAGAAAAAGAAAGGAAAAGCAAAACAAAGUCCUUUGACAGAGGAAGCUCGACCUCCUCCAGAGGCAGAUUUUUAUGAUGCAUUUCAAAAGUUAAAGCAUGCCUUAAACUUGCUGGGAAAGUUGAGGCACCACAUCCACAAUCCUAACGCUGCAGAAUUGGUCCAUUAUUUAUUUGUUCCUCUGUCUUUGUUGGUUCGCUGUACUGGAGGUCCUGAAAAGGCCAGAGCCGUUGUUGUCCCGUUGCUUACUACACAUGCUAUAGACCUGCUGCAGAACUGCCUCUCAUCUAAGGAAACAGACUUCUGGAUGGCUCUGGGACCCAACUGGACAUUAGCAAAAUCAAGCAAGCAGUUUAAGGAGCAGUUUAUUCCUCAUUACACGCCUGUGUUUAAGGACGGCUGGGUGCCACCAGAGGUGAUCGCUGGUAAAGAUGUGUCCAAUCUAAGUGCAGCUAUCGCUGCAAAUGCCGCUAAUGCUGCAGCUGUGGCCCAAUUAACUGAUGGACAAAGAAAGGGUGAAGAUUCUGCUGCGAACCUAGCAAAUCCCGCGGUGCUUUCAGCGGCGGCCAAGUUCAGACGACUGGCAAGCGUGAAAAAACCUGACGAAACUACACCAACAAGCCCAACGAAGAAGGGUUUAAGAAGAGUUCGUGUUCUUUUUGACUUCCAAGCAAGGAACAGCAAAGAACUGACAGUCCAAAAAGGAGAAGAAGUUGCAGUUCUUCUUGACAAUCGCCAGUGGUGGUGUGUCAGAAAUUCCGAAGGGUCCAUAGGUUUUGUGCCAAAUACAAUCGUGGAAGAAACAGGUACAAUCUCGUCUCUUGACUUGCAAUAGUCUUUUGCAGGGUAACUGACUGGUAACUGCAAGUGAAUAUAUGAAAGAACUUAUAUUUGAACCGCAGAAUGAUCUUCCCAGUUAUAUACACGGCUGGUGUUCUAUUGGGAUCAACCGUUCCAAAAGCAACCGGUUUUGGUUGAUACGGUCGACGUUUCUCAAAAGAGCACUGAUCCAACCGUUUUCGGUUGAAACGCGGUUGAAACGCGGUUACUCCUGGGACUAGUCCUUACGCGAGCUACAGUCACGCGACAUAGUCACGCAAAUGCUUUGUCAACCGUUUCAACCUGGUUUGAGGGCGGUUGAAAGAGUUGAUCAACCAAACCAACCGAAAACGGUGUUUUCCUAAUAGAACAUGGCCACAACUUAAGCAGCUGUGAAAAUAAAGCCUGGAAAAAUUCAGGCUUGAACUGGAUUCGAACCCAUGGUCUCUCUAAUCCGGGUGCAGUGCUCUACCAACUAAGCUGUCAAGCCAACAUUUUCUCAGGCUUUAUUUUCAUUCAUCUCUUUACAUCUUUCUCCGCUGUUC